AAGUAUUCACAGACGAUCGAACUUGGUUCGGAACGGACCACGAACCGUACGGUGCGGUCUACACAACAGACUAGCGCACCAGACUCCGAAUCGUCCAGUCUUAAUUGUGCUAGCAUUGCGUGAACACGUCUCCUCGACAUGCCGCCUAUUCUAUCAAAACAGGCCAAAAUUGCAUUAGUUGCGGCAACUAUCGUUGCUACAUCGCCAUUACAUAACCAACGAAAAAGAAGAAAAGAAUGGGCAAAAUUUUAUCUCAGAAACAGACAACAGUACAGUCAUAUGAAUCUCAUUAAAGAUCUCGAUGAUAAAGAUUUUCGUAUAUAUCUUCGAAUGAGUUCCGAAGCAUUUAUUGAAUUGUUGGAUCUUGUGAAACCACAUGUAACUAAAUCCGAUACAGUUAUGCGACAAGCUGUGAGUGCUGAAGAGAGAUUGGUGGCUACUUUAAAAUUUCUAGCGUCUGGUAGAGAAUUCAGAGAACUUAAAUUCAGCACUAGUAUAUCAUCACAAUUACUAUCAGAGAUAAUACCAGAGACCUGUGAAGCAAUCUAUACAGUGCUCAAAAACUAUGUGAAGGUUCCUGAAACAGAAGAUGCUUGGCUACAAAUAGCAACAGAUUUUGAAAGGAAGUGGCAGUUCAGUCAUUGCUUGGGUGCCAUUGAUGGCAAGCACAUCAUCAUCGAAAAGCCACCACAGUCUGGUUCAUUAUAUUACAACUACAAAGGAACAUUCAGUGUAGUUUUACUUGGUAUCGUAAAUGCCAAUUACGAAUUUAUUUACGUGAAUGCAGGCGCAAAUGGCAGUGUUUCUGAUGGCGGAGUAUUUAAACAUACAGUUUUUUAUGAAAAAUUAGUGAAUAAUCAAUUACAUUUACCAACACCUUCUGCCUUGCCUACAUCGGAUCUUAUUGCGCCAUAUUGUUUUGUUGCAGAUAACGCAUUCGCUAUUAAUGAAAACCUUUUAAAACCCUACCCACAGAGAAAUUUGACACAUGACAAAAGAAUUUAUAACUAUAGAUUAUGCAGGGCUAGAAGAAUUGUCGAAAAUGCAUUCGGUAUUUUAGCCGAACGUUUUAGAGUAUUUAAAAAACCUAUACAAAUUAAUGUCAAAAAUGUACCAAAAGUGGUAAUGGCUUCAUGCGCAUUACACAAUUAUUUGAGGAAAAAGUCUUGCAACUACAUGACAAGGAACUGUGUCGAUUUGGAGGACACUGAAAAAUACACCUACCGGCCGGGAGAUUGGCGACAAAAUGACAACACUGUGAGUGUUAAUAGAACAGAAAGGCAACGCACUGCAGAUGGUAAUUCUGUUAGGCAAAUAUUUACAGAAUAUUUUAACAAUCAAGGGCGUGUUAAUUUUCAAGAUAGAAUGAUUAAUGUUCUGAAUAUUUAAUGCUUACCUCAAUAGAUUGAUUCUUAGUAUUUGUUUCAAAGUUGUCAACCAUUUCGGAUGUCGGGUUUGUUUCGUGCAGAAAACCCAAAUGUUGGUAAUACCACAAUGUCGGGACAUGCAAGUCUUCCACUCCAGCGCCACUAGUUUUGCUAGAUUCCACCUAAAAACAAAUAACAUGCCGAACAAA